AUGUCAACAUUAGAACAUUUGAUGAUGUCAUUACCUGACGUCAUUGUAUUUGAUGAUGUCAUAUUGACGGAUGGUUGGACUGCAUUUGAUUUUGCUAUGGUGAAUGGUCACUUGUCAACAGCAGGUCGGUUGGUGUUGGCAAGUAAAAGAGUUGAAGAUCUUACAGUUGAGACUCUUCCUCUCGUGUUCCAUUGGGCAUGUAAGAACAAGAGAGUUGAUGUUGCAAGAAAUAUUGUGGAACAUCAUGGAACAGAAUGGAAGGACGACGAUGGUCGUGAUGCAUUGGAUAUUGUGGCUGUUUAUGACAACGUGGACAUUGCUGACAUCAUCCUGAAGAGAAGACUGCCAGACGGCAAUGAUGUGGAAACGACUGUUUCUAUGUCAAUGGAAGAUGUUGCAGUCAAGACUCGAUGUGUCGUGUUACACUGGGCACACAAGAACAGUAGAGUGGAUGUGAUAAGAAAGAUUGUAGAGCAGGGAACAGAAGUAAAGGACGAAAAGGCAGAUGUUGAUGCUUCAGACAAGGAUUGGAAGAGACCUUUUGAUUUUGCUAUGAGAAGAGGUCACAUGUCAACAGCUAAUCGGUUGUUAUCAAUAAUGCAGUCAGUUGAAGAUGUUGCAUUAGAGAAUGUGUGGAAGCUGCUGCAGUGGGCAUGUAGGAAUGAAGUGGAUGUUGCAACAAAGAUUGCAGAGAAGUUUUGUCAAUCAGUGGAGGAGUCUGGUCGCACUUUACUUCACUUUGCUGCUGAACUUGAUCAUCGUGAGGCAGUUGAGUGUCUGUUGGAGAAGAAGGCUGAUGCAGAUGCUAAAGAUAAGUAUGGGAAGAGACCUUUUGAUUUUGCUGUGAUAAGAGGUCACAUGUCAACAGCUAAUCGGUUGUUUUCAAUAAUGCAGCCAGUUGAAGAUGUUGCAUUAGAGAAUGUGUGUAAGCUGCUGCAGUGGGCAUGUAGGAAUGAAGUGGAUGUUGCAACAAAGAUUGCAGAGAAGUUUUGUCAAUCAGUGGAGAAGAAGUCUGGUCGCACUUUACUUCACUUUGCUGCUCUACUUGAUCAUCGUGAGGCAGUUGAGUGUCUGUUGGAGAAGAAGGCUGAUGCAGAUGCUAAAGAUAAGAAUGUGUGGAAGCCACUGCAGUGGGCGUGUAGGAAUGAAGUGGAUGUUGCAACAAAGAUUGCAGAGAAGUUUUGUCAAUCAGUGGAGAAGGUGUCUGGUCACACUUUACUUCACUUUGCUGCUGAAGUUGAUCAUCGUGAGGCAGUCGAGUGUCUGUUGGAGAAGAAGGCUGAUGCAGAUGCUAAAGAUGAGUAUGGGGAGAGACCUUUUGAUUUUGCUAUGAGUAGAGGUCACAUGUCAACAGCUAAUCGGUUGUUAUCAAUAAUGCAGUCAGUUAAAGAUGUUGCAUUAGAGAAUGUGUGUAAGCUGCUGCAGUGGGCAUGUAAGAAUGAAGUGGAUGUUGCAACAAAGAUUGCAGAGAAGUUUUGUCAAUCAGUGGAGAAGAAGUCUGGUCGCACUUUACUUCACUUUGCUGCUGAACUUGAUCAUCAUGAGGCAGUUGAGUGUCUGUUGGAGAAGAAGGCUGAUGCAGAUGCUAAAGAUAAGUAUGGGGAGAGACCUUUUGAUUAUGCUGUGAGAAGAGGUCACAUGUCAACAGCUAAUCGGUUGUUUUCAAUAAUGCAGUCAGUUGAAGAUGUUGCAUUAGAGAAUGUGUGUAAGCUGCUGCAGUGGGCAUGUAGGAAUGAAGUGGAUGUUGCAAAAAAGAUUGCAGAGAAGUUUUGUCAAUCAGUGGAGAAGAAGUCUGGUCGCACUUUACUUCACUUUGCUGCUCAACUUGGUCAUCGUGAGGCAGUCGAGUGUCUGUUGGAGAAGAAGGCUGAUGCAGAUGCUAAAGAUAAGAAUGGUAAGAGACCACACCAACUGACUGAUGGUGAACUGAGAAGACGACUGAGGAAAGCAAUAGAUGAACAGAAGUAUGCUGUUUUGUAUGCUGAGGGCACAGUGAGACCAGAAGUCUUGAAAUUGUGUUUCAUUGGUAAAGAAGGAGCAGGAAAGACGACACUCAUGAAGGCUCUCAAACGAGGAUUGUUGAAGUGGAUUUUUGCAAACGAGAAUCAAGCAGAUGACCCGAAAUGUGAAGAGGAACGCACAAUUGGUAUCAACGUGAUGACAGUUGAUAUUCCAGGAGUGGGUCGCUUGUCAGUGUGGGACUAUGCAGGUCAAGGGCAGUUCCACAAAACACACGGCCUCUUCUUUUCUUCAUCCAACUCGUUCUUCAUCCUGCUAGUGAGUCUAGUGAGAGGAGAGGAGAGACGACUGUGUAGUGUUGAGGAGUUGCGACAAGAGCUUCAGUAUUGGCUCUCAUUUCUCAGAGCCAGUUUGGAUGCACAGUUUACACCCACAGUGUUGAUAGCUGCCAGUCACAUAGAUUACUGUCCAGGGCGUCAGCAUGACUUGCAGCCUGUAGUCGAUUACAUGCGUGAGCUGUUCAAAGGCAAGAUCAACGUUGUUGAAUAUUGCAUUGUUCUCGACUGUAGAAGGAGCAGGUCACCUGAGAUGAAACAACUAAAGAAAGUUCUCUGUGAUGUGAAGCAGCAGUUGCAGCAGUCUGCUCCUCUGUGUCCUCGUCUUUGUCAGCCAGUCGUGUCCAAGUUGCUUCCUUCUCUUCGUAAGAAACAAGAAGACCCGUUCAUGGAGAAGGCAACACUCAUUGAGAGGAUUGAGCAGGAAGCAUGUCCAGGACAAGAGAAGAAGAUUGUAGAGAAGGUAGUUGAUUUUUUAGAUGAUUCAGGAGAGAUUGCUGUUGCCGGUGAUGUGGCAGCUCUCAAUCCUGCAUCUCUACAUCAUUAUGCCAUCGGUCCUCUCAUUGCUUCUAAGUAUUUCAAGUGGCACGUCAAGUCUGAAAGGAAUGAUGGCACAGUAACAAGAGAAGAAGCAGAAAUGUCAAUCAAUCGUUUUCUGAAAGAUCAGAAGAUUCACAUUCAACUCAACACGGAUAAAAUCCUUGCAAUAUGUGAAUCUAUUGGUAUCUGCUUCAAAGUGGAAGGCAGAGACGACACAUACAUGUUUCCAGCUCUCUUGCCUCCUAAGGAUCUGUCUGUCGUGUGGAAGAGAGAUGAGAGUAAGAAAGUGUAUGUCGGUCGAUGUCAAGUGUGCAGCAGUCAGACGACCAUCUUCAGUCCGUCUGCAUUUGGCAUGUUUCAGUCUAAUGUUUGCACUUCAUUAGAUAAGAAAGCACAGCUGUGGAGGAAUGGACUGAUCGUAUCACAAGGUGAUUCUAUUCAUUGUCAUGUUGAAUGUUUGGUUGCCACGAUAGAUCUUGUUCGUUCUGUCGACUUCCUUUGUCGUGGAGGUAAGGCAACAGAAGCAGAAUGUGUUUCCCUGCUCGAAACCGUUAUGUCUCUUUGGAGAGAUAUGUUAGACAAAUACAGUCCAGGCACUGAAUAUAAGACUGGAUAUCUGAGCAGAAAGCAUUUAGAGGAACACAAAGAACUGAAACAAGUUGCUGUUUACUCUGAGGAGGAAAUCAAGGAAGCAAAAGCAACAGGAAAAGGAGCAAAAGCUGCUGUAAAACAAGUAGUUGGUGAUGAGCGAGUCGUAGAAAGUCUUGGUGACUUGCUGGUCAUUCUACCUUCCAAUAGAAUGUCAACCACUGCAGUUGUUGUCCAUCCCAGUGCAGUAGUAGCAGCUGUCAUUAAGCACGGUUCAUCUCAAUGGUAUUUCUUUGGACAUAAAUUAGGUUUCAGUCACCAUGAAAUUAAUUCGUUAUGUCAUGACAAAGUGACUGCAGCUUCUAAAUUAUUUGUAAUUAUUCAAGUGAAGGCUGAACAAGUUGGUGAUGUGAAGAAGAUUGAUGAUCUGCUGUUGGAGAUAUGUGGACUGUUGCCAAGUAGGAUUGAUGGUGCAGUCAAAGAGGAGCUUGGAAUCCCCACAUGACUGUAGGAUAUGGGGUGGAUAUUUAUCAACACUAUAAUAGGCAUUUAGUAAUAAAAUCACAAAAUUGUUUAGUGUCAUGUUCAUAAAGGCAUCGUCAUGUGUAUGAUGUGUAGACUUGAAUUUUAUUUUUAUUAUUUAUUGUCGUACUCAACCAGAUCAGUCUGGUUUUAAGGUUUCUUGUAA